AUGACGAUACUGAUAGCUUGGAAUGCCUUGGGACAUGUGGUUUCGUCUUUCUGCGGGCUGACUCGCAGUCAUACCGCAUUACCGAUCCGAGAGUUGGAUGGUCAAGUUCCCGCUACUCUUUGGACAGGGGACACUGCUGACAUCUCACAUAUCUGUGAGUUUGGAUGGUAUGAUUGGGUUUGGUACCUCUCUCCUGAGAGACAGGGCGAGUCAAUGGAAAGGAAGCGCCUUGGUCGCUACUGUGGCCCCAGCACUGACAUUGGGGACGCUAUGUGUGCCCGAAUCCUCACCGAGAAGGGCCAGUUGGUCUCUAGGACAUCUGUCAUCCCCUUAUCAGACCAGGAGAAGCUGAGCCCGGUGAUUGAAUCCAAGAAAGCAGCAUUCACAGAAUCCUUGAAGAAGUCCCUUGGCAAGCGUUAUGUUUUGGCCAGCAGUGAUGAUGCUGAAUCUCGUCAGGAUGAAGAGAUACCAGAGUAUUAUGAGCCAAUUGAUGAUAGUGACCCAGCUUCUCUGCCAGAGUGUUUGUCAGAAAGCAGAUGA